CACCUAGGUUAAGCAGUGGCAACAAUGGAUGCAGUUGACUUUUUGAGCACAAACUCAGUUCUCAGCGUUAUGGAGCUCACCAAAAAGCCACUUACUACAAUCCCUGAGAAUUAUAUUUGUCCAGAUCAAGAGCCAGUACUGCUUGGUCUCUCUCAUGACUGCAACACUAGCUUGCCUAUGGUUCCAACAAUUGAACUGGAAAAAUUGGUCAUCGGGGAGACCACAGACAUAGAACUAGACAAGUUGCAUUCAGUUUGCAAAGCAUGGGGCCUUUUUCAGUUGGUGAAUCAUGGAGUAAGUCUUUCACUACUAAACAAGCUGAAUAACGAGAUUGAAGAAUUCUUCAAGCUUCCCUUGGAAGAGAAAAUGAAAUACCAAGUAAGGCCAGGUAAUGUUGAAGGCUAUGGAAGAAAACUAGCCAUGACACUUAUGGAGUUGAUGGGAAAAGCUCUGAAGAUAGACAAGAGAGAGAUGGAGGAGUUAUUUGAAGAUGGGAUGAGAUCAGUAAGGAUGACAUACUAUCCACCAUGCCCACAACCAGAGCUUGUUGUUGGCUUUCCUCCUCACUCUGACGCUACUGGUAUUACCAUUCUUCAUCAAGUGAAUGGAGUUGAAGGUCUCCAGAUUAAGAAAGAUGGGGUUUGGAUUCCUGUGAGCUUCAUUCCACAUGCCUUUGUUGUCAACGUAGGAGACAUCAUGGAGAUCUUGAGCAAUGGGGCCUAUACCAGCGCUGAGCACAGGGCAGCAGUAAAUUUAGAGAAAGAAAGGAUAUCGAUCGCUGUGUUCUUCAACCCCAAGUCCGAGGCAGAGAUUGAGCCUUUGAAAAGUCAGUUGAACACUACACAAAGCCCACCUCUAUUUAGAAGGAUUUCCGUUGAAGAUUUUCACAAAGAAUAUUUCUUCUCCCGUGAUCUCAAAGAUGGAAAGACAAAUUUGGAGUAUUUAAGGAUAAAAACUGGGGAAGGUAAUACUGAUUAA